AUUUCCAUUAAAUGAAGUGGGCCUCUGUAAACUAUACUUAAAGUAGCAGUUUCAUAGGAGGAGAUAAAAAGUAGGUUUAGUAAGACCACUAGAAAAAAAUCAAGACCUUACGGUAUACAGUAUAAGGAUUUGAAAUAUUUAUUCAUUCAAGAUUUGUUAAGGACCUAUUAUGUGCCAGGCAAUAGAUGCCAGGUGGUGGGAAGUAAGAGAUGAUAGAAUAUAGUCCGUGUCCUGCGUGGGCACACAUUCGUGUCAUCACAGUAGGGUGGGAGAGAGGUGCAAGUUGCUGUGAGCCUCCAGUGGGAAUACGUGGUAAUAUCACAGUGACGUGUAUUGAAUACUUACUCUGUGGGAGGUACUCUGGCGUAUUUUGCAUGCAACCCCACUGCUGUUAUCUAGAGAUGAGGAAACAGCCUUAGAGACCUUGCCCAAAGGCAUAGCUGAUAAGAUGUGAACCUGGGAUUUCAACCCAAGUGGGUCUAGCUCAUCUCAGUCAUGAUCUCAACCAUUCAUGCCGUUCUCCACACCCUUUGGAAGAAAGAUCCUGACUCUGUCUAGGGAGAUUCGGAGAAGCCUCCAGAAUGAUGUGACAUUUGACUUGUGUUAGGAAAGUUGCUUAAGCUUUUACUGGAGAGAGGCUGAGGAGAGUCAUUCUAGGCAAAUGGCAUUACAAAAGCAAAGGAAAAAUUGGAGUGCUUUGUGUUUGCGGAACCCUAGGUCAUUCUGAUGACUAAAUCCCAGAAUACUUGCAAUGUAGUGGGAGAGACCAGGUCUCGAAGUACUUGGUACCAUGACAAAGUGUUUAGAAUUUUUUCCUCAACGUGGGGUGACUGUUGAAGUAUUUCUGAUGGAGUAGUGCCAUUUAUUGGGUUUGGAUUUUAGAAAGACCUCCGGCUCCAGUGUGGAGAAUGGAUCCAGGAGAGAGGUGAUAGGAAAACCAGUUUUAGGGGGAAAAAAAAAAAGUCCAGUAAGGAAAAGAGCCUAAAGCAAGCAGUCGGAGUUAUGGGAAGAGAUGGAUUGCAGGAGUAUUUAAGAGGUCUCUGAAAGAUGAAUUUGGCUGAGAUUUGUGACAAUGCAAAGAAAGGAAGAGAAUAUGCACUUCUUGGAAAUUAUGACUCAUCAAUGGUAUAUUACCAGGGGGUGAUACAGCAGAUUCAGAGACAUUGCCAGUCAGUCAGAGACCCAGCUGUCAAAGGCAAAUGGCAGCAGGUUCGGCAGGAAUUAUUGGAAGAAUAUGAACAAGUUAAAAGUAUUGUCAGCACUUUGGAAAGUUUUAAAAUCGACAAGCCCCCAGAUUUCCCUGUGUCCUGUCAAGAUGAACCAUUUAGAGACCCUGCUGUUUGGCCGCCCCCUGUGCCUGCAGAACACAGAGCUCCACCUCAGAUAAGGCGUCCCAAUCGAGAAGUAAGACCUCUGAGGAAAGAAAUGCCAGGAGGAGGAGCCCGGGGACCUGUAGGCCGAGCACAUCCUAUAUCAAAGAGUGAAAAACCCUCUACAAGUAGGGACAAGGAUUGUAGAGCAAGAGGGAGAGAUGACAAGGGAAGGAAAAAUAUGCAAGACGGUGCAAGUGAUGGUGAAAUUCCAAGAUUUGAUGGUGCUGCAUAUGAUAAGGAUCUGGUGGAAGCCCUUGAGAGAGACAUUGUCUCUAGGAAUCCUAGCAUUCAUUGGGAUGACAUAGCAGAUCUGGAAGAAGCUAAGAAGUUGCUAAGGGAAGCUGUUGUUCUUCCCAUGUGGAUGCCUGACUUUUUCAAAGGGAUUAGAAGGCCAUGGAAGGGCGUGCUGAUGGCCGGGCCCCCAGGCACUGGUAAGACCAUGCUGGCUAAAGCUGUCGCCACUGAGUGCGGUACAACAUUCUUCAACGUCUCGUCUUCCACGCUGACGUCGAAGUACAGAGGGGAAUCUGAGAAGUUAGUUCGUCUGUUGUUUGAAAUGGCUAGGUUUUAUGCCCCCACCACCAUCUUCAUUGAUGAGAUAGAUUCUAUCUGCAGUCGAAGAGGAACCUCUGAUGAGCAUGAGGCAAGUCGCAGGGUCAAGUCUGAGCUACUCAUUCAGAUGGAUGGAGUUGGAGGAGCAUUAGAGAAUGACGAUCCUUCCAAAAUGGUUAUGGUAUUGGCUGCUACUAAUUUCCCAUGGGACAUUGAUGAAGCAUUGCGAAGGAGAUUAGAAAAAAGGAUAUAUAUACCUCUCCCAACAGCAAAAGGAAGAACUGAGCUUCUGAAAAUCAAUCUUCGUGAGGUUGAAUUGGAUCCUGAUAUUCAACUGGAAGAUAUAGCAGAGAAGAUUGAGGGCUAUUCUGGUGCUGAUAUAACUAAUGUUUGCAGGGAUGCCUCUUUAAUGGCAAUGAGACGACGAAUCAAUGGCCUAAGUCCAGAAGAGAUCCGUGCACUUUCUAAAGAGGAACUUCAGAUGCCUGUUACCAAAGGAGACUUUGAAUUGGCUCUUAAGAAAAUUGCUAAGUCUGUCUCUGCUGCAGACUUGGAGAAAUAUGAAAAGUGGAUGGUUGAAUUUGGAUCUGCUUGAAUUUCUGCCAGCUCUUUCAUUUCUGGUAUUUUUGUUUAUAAAAUGUGAAGAAAUUCCAGCAAUUUUUUAAAAAAACAGGUUUGGAACUUUACAUUGGAGAGAUUUUCUCUUAAAGAAAAAAUUUAAAACACAAAAGACCAUACAUAUACUUGAGAAGUAAGAAAAGCUUACAUAGAGAGCCUGAUAUCCGCAUAUCCAUGCAUUAUAGUUGUACACCCUAACCAGAGUAUUGGGGGCUGAAGAAAGCAACCAGUGUGCUAUCGUAGAAACUUGUUUACAGAAAAUGAAGAAGGAGCUCUUUUUCUCACUAGUGUUCAUUGUUUUUUAGUUUUUUUCUGUCCUUUGCUCUGAACAUGAGGGACCUAUAUCUGUUGGCUUUUAACAUCAAAACUGAGUUUGUGUCAGAUCUAUUAUUUGUUGUUAAGAAUUAUGGUUUUGGAUUAAAUAAUGAAUCUGCUAGUUAAA